AUGCGCAAGAUAGCGACCGUUCAUGUCCUUUCCACCCAACGCACAGAGACGUUGCUGAAGCACGUGAUGGAAUCUGAAGUGAAGAUAGCAAUGAAAGAGAGUUAUGGCUUUUGGGAAAAGAUGAAGAACGAGGGUGGUUCUGAAAGGGCAAUUACGGAAAUGAAAAAAUGGUUUGGGAAUAUAGCGUUAAACGUUAUGUUUAGAACGGUGGUGGGAAAACGGUUUGAUGGUGACGAGGAAGAGAAUCAACGGAUCAGAAAAGCGCUCAGGGAUUUGUUUGAUCUCACCGGUUCGUUUGUUAUAUGUGACACGUUGCCGUAUUUGAGAUGGUUGGAUUUGGAUGGAAAAGAGAAGGAAAUGAAGAAAACUGCGAAGUUGUUGGAUGAGUUCGUUUGCGUGUGGCUUGAUCAACAUAAACGGAAUAGAAGACCUGCAGGCGGCGAACAUGACUUCAUGGACGUUCUUCUUUCCACCGUUGAUGAUCAAGAUUUGGACGGUCGCGAUUCCGACACUACAAUCAAAGCUACUUGUCUGGCACUAAUUCUAGCAGGUACAGACACUACAGCGGGAACAUUAACUUGGACACUAUCAUUACUUCUCAAUAAUCGUCAAGUCUUAAACAAAGCCACUCAAGAAUUAGAUGCACAAAUUGGCAUGGAAAACAUGGCAAUAAAAUCCGAUUUCACAAAGUGUGAAUAUAUUCAAGCCAUCAUCAAAGAAACAUUGCGUUUGUACCCACCAGCGCCACUCAAUGUUCCUCACGAGUCCAUUGAAGAUUGUACCGUUGGUGGUUACCACGUUCCAGCUGGCACGCGUCUCCUAACCAACUUUUCAAAACUUCAACGAGAUCCUAUGUUAUAUUCAGAUCCAUUGGAGUUUCGACCGGAGAGAUUUCUCACGACACACAAGAAUGUUGAUGUCAAGGGCCAGCAUUUUGAGUUGAUACCAUUUGGUUCUGGUAGAAGAAUGUGCCCUGGAAUUUCAUUUGGUCUUCAACUAAUGCAAAUAACACUUGCUACUUUGUUGCAUGGUUUUGACAUAGUGACUCCUGAUGAAGGACCAGUUGAUAUGGCUGAACAUAACGGGCUCACUACAAUCAAAGCCUCUCCUCUACAAGUUAUUCUCACUCCACGCUUGUCUGCCCAAGCUUUUAGUUAA